GUGCGGCCACUGACGAAUAGCGUUCAGUCGAGACCGAGCUCAUCCGCGAUACAGUUGCUUUUCGCAUUCAAUAGACAAAAUGGCUGAUGUUCCAAAGCGUGAAGUUGAAAAUGUCGAAUUCGUUUUCGAAGUUAUGGGCUCCCCCGGUGAGGGCAUCGAUGCCGUCGAUCUAGGCGAUGCUCUGCGCGCUCUGAACUUGAACCCCACGCUCGCUUUGAUCGAGAAAAUGGGCGGCACCAAGAAGCGCAACGAGAAGAAGAUCAAAUUGGAGGAAUUCCUGCCCAUAUACUCGCAAGUGAAGAAGGAGAAGGAGCAGGGCUGCUAUGAGGAUUUCAUUGAGUGCUUGAAGCUGUACGACAAGGAGGAGAAUGGCACCAUGCUGCUCGCUGAGUUGCAGCACGCCCUGCUGGCUCUUGGUGAGUCCCUGGAUGAUGAGCAGGUUGAGACUCUGUUCGCUGACUGCAUGGAUCCCGAGGAUGAUGAGGGCAUGAUCCCAUACUCUCAGUUCAUCCAGCGCUUGAUGAGCGAUCCCGUCGUCUUCGACUAAACACAUUCCUCGCCAGAAUGUGUGACAGACCAGAUCAGCUAUAAAUAUAACAACAACAACAAUUCAACAACAACAACAAUAAAUUUAUAGCAAACAGCCAUUCUCCAUAGAUGUUAUAUUCAUCGCUAACUCUCUCUAUCUCUCUCUCGUAUAUUAUUUUAAUUAAAUUUUACUUCUGCUACUACAACUGCAAAAAUUGAA